GCUUCCCCUCAAAGCACGGAGGGCAAAGCCUCGGGUGGAUAUGGCAACUUGACUGUACCAGAGCUCAAGGCCCUCGCGGCGAAGCGUGGCCUCCCGGUCCCUGCGGAGCUAGCUCCCGGCAUGGAGAAGCCGCUCCUGUCUUCCAUUCUCCGGAGCUACGACAUCGGUCGGAAGGGGACGCGCUCUGGGAGUAUGUGCAGCUCGGCCUCACCCCU